AUGAGUCUUGACUUUAUGAAGCGCCCCAUUGGUUUUGAGGAUGAUGGCUCGUUGGUUGCACCAAUUGGUGAUGCAGUGAAUGUCCAGGAACAAAGAGGAGAGGUGAAGAAGGUGCCUCCUACUUCUAAGGGUUUGCCUUUUCUUGGUCACACACUGUUAUGGUUCUAUUACAUGGCCAAGCCUGACCCACUUGCAUUUCUUCACAAAUACAUACUUCCGUAUGGUGAAAUUGUUACAUGCAAUAUGUUUGGAAAGCCAACAGUGGUGUCUGUGGAUCCUGAAUUCAACAAGUUUGUUUUGCAAAACGAAGGAAGAUUGUUUAAAGCAACUUACUUUAAAUCGAUUUAUGAUCUAAUGGGUAAGUUUAGCAUGAUAUCAGUGACAGGAGAUCUGCACAGGCAACUCCAUGGAACUGCUAUUAACUUACUCAGCAAUGAAAAGUUGAGAAGAAAUUUCAUGCCUGCCAUUCAAGUUGUAUUCAAGCAAACCAUGGUAAAGUGGGAAGCAAAAGAAAUACUUCUUCAACCAGAGUGCAAGAGGUUACUUUUGAAUGUGAUGGCCAAGCACUUGCUCAAUGUGUCAGGAGAUGAAGAAACAGAUGAGCUGUGCAGCCUCAUGACAGAGUUCAUAAAUGGAAUUAUUUCAGUUCCAGUAGAGAUGUUAGGUUGUGCUUAUCCAAAAGCAUUGAGGGCCAGAAGGAUUUUGAAUGACAAGUUCUACAAGCUCAUGGAUGAAAGGAAGAUAAAUCCUUGUGAAGAUUUGCUAUCUAAGCUUGUAAACGAGGAGAAUCUUCCAAAGGAGAUUAUGGCUGAUUUUCUUCUUAUUUUACUGGGUGCAAGCUAUGAGACUGCAACUAGAACAAUGACUCUAGCUAUUCAUUUUCUUUCCCACUCAAAUGAAGCCUUAGUCCAGCUCAUGGAGGAGCAUGAAACAAUCCAAAAACACAAAGGAGAUGAGGAACUUCAGUGGGAAGACUAUAAAAAGAUGAAGUUCACACAAUGUUAUUUUUAUUACUUACUUCUCGCCAACUUCAUUGGUCAUGAGACGGCAGCCAAAAGCACCUUAUGCGUGGGGAAGUUUCCAGAGAUAAAUUUGGUUAUAAACGAAGUUCUUAGACUGUCAGGCAUAUGUGUGGGCCUUAUAAGAGAGACAACGGAAAAUGUUAUAGCUAAAGGUGGCUAUGUGAUACCUAAGGGAUGGGGAGUGAUGACAUUUUUUUUGUCUGUCCAUUUGAAUGGAAAAUUCUAUAACGAUCCUCUCAAAUUCAAUCCCUGGCGUUGGCAAGCAAACGAUAAAGAGGAACUUCUAUGGAAGAACUAUGAUAUGCUAUUUUCUCCAUUUGGAGGAGGGAGACGAUUAUGUCCAGGAGCUGAUUUGGCUAGAAUGAGCAUUUCUUUUUUUCUUCACUAUUUUGUAACAAAAUUCAGGUGGGAGAUUGUCAAAGAGGGGAGGAUCACUUUCUUUCCUAUUCCUCACCUGAAAGGCGAUUUUUCCGUUCAUCUCUUUGCCAAGAGGACAACUUCCGUUGAAUAA